AUGACGGGCCAGGAUGCGACCCUCGGCAUGGACUUUAUGGUCCCAGCAGGAAUUCGUCUGGACUUGACUGACGGGACGUUCUGUCUGCCGGAUGAGGUUCGCAUUCAGCUGUCAGGACGACGCACACUAUACGGUGAACAUGCCAGCGCAGUUCGCCUUGAGGAAGUCGAGGUUAUCGAAGCUGGCCAGAAGAUCGAGAUGCCGUUGCGAUUUAAACCGUCGGAGAAGUUGUGGCUCACACGCGGGGAACACUGGAUCCCUACGGUGGUCAAAGGAGCUGGAUGGCGACGAUACCUGCAGUUGACCAACAUCAGCGAUCGGACAAGGUGUCUGCCCGCUCACACUCAAGUUGGAAUGUGA